AUGGAGCCGGCGUCCGAAAUGAGUCCAAUUCUUCAAGAAAAACUAAAUAAUGUGCUGAAAAGGUACGACGCAUUGGAAGCUAUUCUUGUGUCAACGUCAGAGGGUGUUCCGCUGUUUAAAGUGGUAGCCGAGGAAAAGUCCGACCUGUCGUACGAGUACACGGAAACGGUGCUUCCCACAGUCUUUGCUGGGGCAGCAGAGCAGGUUGGGAAGCUGAAGUUUGGAGCUGUGCAAAGCGUCACGGCGUUUUUCGAUGACGUUGUUCUGAUCCAUAUAAACCAUGCACCACUCGUGGUGACACUUGUCGCGCCCAACUCACCGCAUAUUGGCGCUCUACAUGCUUUGGCGAGCGAACUACGUCCUGCGCUCACGCCGCUUAAGAGAUGCGUGGAAAGCGCGGACGUGCGUUAG